AUGGCACACAUGAGACAUCCCUACAGAAGGAAGAGCUGCAAGCCUUCCCCCCAGAGCUCCUCCCCCAAAGACAGAUAUGCAGAACAAGAAUGUUCUUCCCUGGACAGAGACCACUCUGAUCACAGCUGGUCAGACUAUGAGCAUUCUAGAAGUUCUAGAAGAGGAUCCUCUUACAGCCGCGACAGUAUGGAAUCACGAAAUAGGGACCAAGAGAAACCCAGAGAAAGAGAUAGAGACGCAGAUCGUCGGAAACGGUCCCGGAAGUCCCCAUCUCCUGAAAGAAGGAGCCCAGACAGAGGAGUAACCCCGAGUUCUACUCAGGAAGAACCUGCAUCGAAGAAGAAGAGGAUGGAUGAGUUGGAUCCGCUGCUCACCCGCACUGGGGGAGCAUAUAUUCCUCCCACAAAGCUCAGGAGGAUGCAGGAGCAGAUUACAGAUAAAAACAGCUUAGCGUACCAGAGGAUGAGCUGGGAGGCUCUGAAGAAAUCAAUCAAUGGUCUCAUCAACAAGGUCAACAUCUCCAACAUCAGUAUUGUUAUCCAAGAGCUCCUUCAAGAGAACAUCGUCAGAGGGAGAGGACUGCUGUCCAGAUCUGUUCUGCAAGCACAGAGUGCUUCUCCAAUCUUCACUCAGGUUUAUGCGGCUUUGGUGGCAACCAUCAACUCAAAAUUCCCACAGAUUGGAGAGUUAGUCCUCAAGAGACUAAUUCUGAAUUUUCGGAAAGGAUAUCGAAGGAACGAUAAGCAACUUUGCCUGACUGCUUCCAAACUUGUGGCACAUCUUAUAAACCAAAAUGUGGCACAUGAGGUUCUGUGCCUGGAGAUGCUCACUUUGCUCCUAGAGAGACCAACAGAUGACAGUGUUGAAGUAGCUAUCGGCUUCCUCAAGGAGUGUGGUCUCAAAUUAACCCAAGUGUCACCAAGGGGAAUCAAUGCCAUCUUUGACCGCCUGAGAAACAUUCUACAGGAGUCUGAGAUGGACAAAAGAGUCCAGUACAUGAUUGAAGUGAUGUUUGCUGUGCGGAAGGAUGGAUUCAAGGACCACCCCGUUAUUCUGGAAGGACUUGAUUUAGUGGAAGAGGACGAUCAGUUUACACAUGUGCUCUCCCUGGAGGAUGACUACAAUCCAGAAGAUGUCCUUAACGUUUUCAAGACAGAUCCUCAUUUUAUGGAGAAUGAAGAGAAGUACAAGGCUAUUAAAAAAGAAAUCCUGGAUGAAGGAGACAGUGAUUCAAUCACAGACCAAGAAGCUGCAAGUAGUGAGGAGGAGGAGGAGGAGGAGGAGGAGGAGGAGGAGGAGGAGGAGGAGGAGGAGAAAGGAGAUGAGGGAGGACCAAAAGUAACUAUUCAUGACCAAACAGAAAUCAACCUAGUCUCAUUCCGCCGCACAAUCUAUCUUGCCAUUCAGUCAAGUUUAGACUUUGAAGAAUGUGCACACAAGUUGCUGAAGAUGGAGUCUGCUGAGAGCCAAAGGAAGGAACUCUGCAACAUGAUACUUGACUGCUGUGCCCAACAAAGGACCUAUGCAAAAUUCUUUGGCUUGUUAGCUGGGCGGUUUUGUAUGCUGAAAAAAGAAUACAUGGAAUCAUUUGAAAGUAUAUUCAAGGAACAGUACGACACCAUCCAUCACUUAGAGACAAACAAAUUGAGAAAUGUUGCUAAGAUGCUUGCUCACCUUUUGUACACAGAUUCGCUUCCAUGGAGUGUUCUCGGAUGUAUAAAGCUGAGUGAAGAGACCACGACAUCGUCUAGUAGGAUUUUUGUCAAGAUCUUCUUCCAGGAACUGUGUGACUACAUGGGUCUUCCUAAACUGAAUGCAAGGUUAAAGGAUGAAACUCUUCAGCCGUUCUUUGAAGGACUGUUACCCAGAGACAACCCACGCAACACCCGAUUUGCCAUUAACUUCUUCACAUCCAUAGGCCUCGGAGGUUUGACGAAUGAACUUCGAGAACAUCUGAAAAAUACGCCCAAGGUCUCAAUUGUAGGCCAGAAACCAGAGCUGAGCAAAAGAAGCCAGGCCUGA